GUUGUGGCAGAUUUAGGCAACUCGUGGGCGUUUUGCGUGCGAUCAGCCGUACGGAUCACGUUUAAAAAGUGCUCUCAAACAGGAAAAAAAUGGGUGGUACGAGGUACUGUUGUGUUGUGGGGUGUAAAAAUUCCCAAUCUCGGAAUCGUGAAUUAACUUUUUAUUCGUUUCCGAAACGGAGUUGGGAAGUUGAAAAAAGAAAUAAGUGGAUAAAAGCUGUCAGAAGAAUUACAUUAGAUAACAAGACGUGGCACCCGAGUACGAACACUCGCAUCUGCAGUGCUCAUUUUGUUGGAGGCAAGCAAUCCAACGUCGAAAACAGCCCAGCGUAUGUGCCGACAAUUUUCCCCGCUGUGUACAAAAAAAGAGAGAAAUCACAACUGGACCUAGCUAGACACGAACGACUUCUGAAAAGAAAAGAAAGAAUGAGCACAUCAACAGCUGCAAAACCGCAAGAAAAGGAAAAUAUCGCAAGUGACAUUGAAAUGGGAUUAAAUGAAACUCCGACGGAAGCUGGCAGUACGUGCAUUGCUUGUCAAACUGAUGCGUGUGACAACGAAGGAGCCAGUGCAGAAGGGAAUACUUUCUGGAGUUGGAAUAAUGAUAAAAAUGAAGCUUCCACGCAGACGAAUAUUUACAUUGGGAAGCCAAAUAAAAACGAGCGAAUCAUAGUGAAAGAGCUGAAAACCGUUGCCGACAAGUCAUGUGGUCCUGACGAUAUUUUUCAUUACGGUUUCUCAGGAUUCUCUGAUAUUGGUUCAAACAAAACUAUGUUGCAGUUAGGCGGGGUUUCAUUAAUUUUUUUCAAUGUGUUGCUCAACUUGAUUAGUGUGAAAACAGAUGGCCAACCAGCUUACUACCGGAUACACGAAUCAACUGCUUCUCAAAUCUUCUUCGAAAUCUUGACUACGUUGACUGAGAAGACAAAGACUUGGAUUUUUUGGCCAUCGAGAGAAAGCAUAAAAAAAAAUUUACCAAUCGGUUUCAAAAAAUAUCCGAAUUGCAGAUGCAUAAUCGAUUGCACGGAAAUAUUUACUGAAACUCCCCCUACUGUGGAACAACGCGUUCUCAUGUACUCCAACUACAAGUCACGUUUUACCGUCAAAUAUUUGAUCGCUAUUACGCCCGAUGGUUUCGUUUGUAAAUUAUCAAAAGGGUAUGGCGGAAGAGCUACAGAUAGUUUUAUAACGAAUGACUGUGGACUUUUAUCGUGCAUAGAACCGGGUGAUACGGUUUUAGCCGACAAAGGUUUCCCUCAGAUAAAAUCUGAACUGCUCAAACGCAAUGCCCUCUUGGUGAUACCUCCGUUUGCGUUCGAUCCACAGUUUACAAACUCCGAAAUAGAUGAAACGUACAAAAUCGCUUCAGUUAGAAUACAUGUAGAACGUGCUAUUCAAAGGAUAAAACUCUGCAAUAUUUUGAAAUUAAUUCCCAUUUCACUCUUACCGUAUCUUGAUGCGAUUAUGCACAUGUGCUGCGUUAUUGCCAAUAGCAAGCCACCACUUAUAAAAAAUCCUGAAGCGGCCAAUUCAGCAACACAAAUGAGUGCGUAG